AUGUCUUCGAAUUUGUCUACUGAUAAAGUGCUUACGGAAUUGAAAAAUGAAGUGAUAACGGCUUCUACUGAGGGUUCUGUGGCCACGAAAUCAAAGCCUGCAUCUCAUCUUUUGGCUGGUGGGCUCGCAGGCUUGAUAUCUGCUAUUUCUCUUCAACCUUUCGAUCUUUUGAAGACAAGACUACAACAGCAGCAGAAGGCUAAUAGUCAGUAUAGAACUAGCAUUUCCCGAGAACUUAAGAAAUUGACCAAGAUCAAGGAUCUUUGGAGAGGUGCAGUGCCAUCAGCUAUAAGAACUUCCGUUGGAGCAGGAUUGUAUUUCACCUCUCUUUCACUUUCAAGAGAAUACUUAGCUGCUUUGAAGGAAACCUCAAGUAAGUCUACCACUUCGGUGCUUCCCAGACUUUCAGCUUAUGAGAACCUCUUAUCAGGGUUUGCGAUGAGAGCCCUAGUGGGGUUUGUAACGAUGCCUAUUACUGUGAUUAAAACGAGGUUUGAAUCCAAUGCAUAUUCGUACAACUCCAUGUACGAGGGGGUAGAGGGCAUCUAUCUCGACGACGUUAAGAACGGGAAGGGUUCCAUGAAGAAUUUCUUCAGAGGUUCCAUUGCUACGCUAGCUCGUGACUGUCCAUACGCUGGGUUGUACGUUUUGUUUUAUGAAUCGUUCAAGAAUGAUUUCGUGCCUAAGUUGGCAUAUACAUUAGUAUCAGACCUGGACGAUAGAGAAAGCUUCAUGUCCAGAUCUGCGUUGAUAAACUCUUCAUCUGCAGUAUUGGCGGCUUCUGUAUCGACGACUAUUACUGCUCCCUUUGACGCAAUAAAGACUAGGUUACAACUUUCCACCCACAGGAUCUCCAUCUGGGAAGCAACUAAGAGCAUAAUUUCAGAAAAGGGAGGGUUUAGAAACCUUUUCAGAGGUUUAUCGUUGAGAUUUGGAAGGAAGGGGUUGUCUGCGGGGAUCAGUUGGUGUAUAUACGAAGAGAUGAUCAAAGGCGAUAAGUUGUUGAAGUUCAAAAACUGA